AUGUCCCAAAGACCGGCUGGCACGCUCGCGGCUGGCGAUUGCCGUCCCCUUCUUGACCAGCCAGAACUCUAUGGCCUCGGCGUCCGAGUAGGCACAUACACGCAAUGGCUGGGUACAAUCCUAACCGUCUGCCUGGUACAUGACCCGCAGGAACGCGAGAGCAUGCGGAAUGUAAACUAUGCGUUUGCUUUCGCAGAAUGGGUUGCGUUAGUAAACCAGAACCGAUCAAUCUGGCCCGCCGACGCUGUAAUCGUCACCUUCUUAUUCAUGGGCACCCUCACGCUCCUCUGCAUGCUAGAGGUUUUCGACCGGAUGCGCUCGCACGAGGCACGCCGGAACGAUCCCAACCGAACCGGCGGCGCGGAGCUAGGUAGGAUCGUGCUGCUUGGGGGGUUUAUUCUGUGGGAGAUUUGGUGGUGGUUUGAAGGAAUCUAUCACACGUUGAGGGAUUGCGGAACGUUUAUUUAUUACUACGGCGGCCCAGUGCAGGUCCUGGGAAAUUUCAAACUAAUUGGGAGAAUUUGGGCACCGUUACUGCUUGUUCUGUUUCUUCCUGUCUUCGAGAAGUUUAGGAAUUUCAUGAAGAGGUCUCAUAGGAACUUCCGGCACCCCCGAGAAGAUCCUGCAGCGGGAAAGGGUGAGGGGGCAGCUGCGCAACCGAGAAUUCUCAGAUGGAUAGAAUUCUGGGCGCAGGUUUUUAGCGCGGCCGAGGGAGAGGGGGAACACUAUGAACCUGAAAUUCCGAAUCCCGAGACGAAGCAGCGAAGAGGGUUGUAUUCUGCACUGUUGCUGGGAAUUGGGGCGUUUAUACUUAUCAUUUUUCUUGAGGUUAUGUUGGCGUAUGGGGACGUUGAGCAGAUUAACAGCAUCUCGGGAGUCGGCGAUACAAUACCGAUGGUUAUUGGGUGCGGAGACAUGAUGAUGAUUUUAUGGACAUUGAAGGAACAGAGGCAGACUGAGUUGGAAAGAGUAUAUUUCCCUUUUUGUUGACCGUGCCGACCAUUAAGGGUUUUGCUAAUCGCUUUUUUAGAGGAGACUGGAGGGCCCUGAAUAUAGAUACCCGAAGACAUUCCUGUACGACGCGGAGUUUCCGCUUGUCGAGAGUACGUCUCUUCCUUGCUCCGUAUGUCAAUCCCCUCGCUAAUAAUUUUUCCCUCCCAGAAUGCAAGAGCGGCGUAAGGAAUAUCUGGCGACGCAUCGCCGGUCGGAGCGAUCAGGCUCAAGACGACCAACCGCAACAAGAACAAUCGGGUGCAAAUCAGGAACCACACCCACACGCACAGUAAUAUGAGAACAGUUUGUGUGUUUUAUGGUUAUGAAGGUUACCGUAAUGGUUAGGUACGAGCGGUGGUAGAUCUGUCGUUGGCUACUCGAGGGGUCAUAAUAUCAGGAGUUCAGGAUUUUAAUGUAGUAAUAUUCCGAUAUAAUGUUGCAUUGCAAUAUCACGCAGACCACCGGUAUUUGUGUAGACGU